AUGGUUGCGGUGGGGGGUGUUGCGGAUGUGGCUGUUGUCAACCUUGCUGUUGUUGCCAACCCUGUUGUUGUUGCCAACCUUGCUGUUGUUGCAGGCCAUGCUCCUGCGGUUGUAAUGGAUGCGGAGGCUGUGGCGGGGGGGGGAACGGAUGCAACGGAUGUGGAGGAUGUGGAGGAUGUGGAGGAUGUGGCAGUAGUGGAUGUGGGGGGGGCGGAGGAUGUAGUGGAUGUGGAAAUGGAUGCAACAGUGGAUGUGGCGGCUGCGGGUGCUAUUAGAUGCUUCUUGACUGUCAUCAAGACAGUCGUACAGACCGAGAGUGGCCCAGGUUGA